AUGGAAGACAACCAAAGAAGAAAUAUCUCUACAAUUACAUAUGUGACCUUGCAGGGAUUUGGGGACCUUGAAGAAGUUUGGGGUAUCCUUUUUUCUUUGUUUCUAAGCUUUUAUGUUGCCACACUGUGUGGUAACUUUCUACUAAUCCUUGCGGUUCAGACAAGUACACACCUUCAUACUCCAAUGUAUUUCUUCCUGUGCCAUUUAUCCUGCGUGGAUGUUGGAUACACAAGCAGCAUUACCCCCCAGCUGUUGAAGGAAAUCUUGUCUGGUGGUGUCACUAUCUCCUUUUCUGCCUGUGUGAUGCAGCUCUAUGUUGUUGGGGCCUUACUCACUGUGGAGUGCUUUCUCCUCGCUAUCAUGUCUUAUGAUCGCUACUUGGCCAUUUGUUGGCCCCUGAGAUAUCCAUUGCUUAUGGACAGCAGUACUUGUAUCAAGUUGGCAGUGGGAUCAUGGAUUAGUGGUUUUCUCUUUGUGGGAGCUGUGUUAAUUUUUCUUGCUACAUUAACAUUCUGUGGACCCCAUAUCAUUGAUGAUUUCUUUUGUGACUUGUUCCCACUUGUGAAACUCUCCUGCACAGACACUACAAUGGUGGAGAAGGUAGCCUUUGCUUCGUCAUUCCUAUCCCUCUCUCCUUUCCUUUGGACCUUGUUAUCUUAUGGCUGCAUUUUGUCCUCCAUUUUAAGGAUUUCUACUUCAACAGGCAGAUAUAGAGCCUUUUCCACCUGCUCCUCCCACUUGAUCGUCGUGAGUGUGUUCUAUGGCACCAUGAUUGUGGUGUACAUGACACCACCAUCCAGAACGACACUGAACCUGAACAAGAUUUCCUCGCUUCUCUACACAGUACUUACGCCCUUGCUAAAUCCUUUAGUCUAUAGUCUGAGAAACAAAGAUGUCCAAAUUGCUCUGAAGAAAGGAGUAAAACUUCUGUUUGUGAAAGCCACCAGGAUUGUGACAAAAUGUGCUGUAUAA